AUGAGCGAGUCCAAUAGGCUGUACGGCAAGUCACCGUCGCCUAAUGCACACCACCGCCGCGGAUACCAGGCCUGUGAUCCAUGUCGGAAACGCAAGGUCAAGUGCGACCUAGGAAGUGUUGAUAACCCACGUCCCCCACCAUGCGUUCGAUGUCGGCGCGAAAGCAAACGAUGCGAAUUCUCAGCUACUCGCCGCAAGCGCAAAGGCUCCGAUGCCCUCGAGGAAACCGAGGCACCAGCCAUUCUUCACCGCGACAAGCGGAUGAUGAUCGGAGAAGUCGCCAAGGUCGAGGGCACGAGUGAAGGCCCUUCAUUCUCACCCUCCGAGCCACCCCAGUUCGAGCCUGAACCCGUGCGCACUCAGCAGAGAUGGCCCGAGGCAUCCCCCGCACCUGCACCGCAGCGGUACACACCCAGCGCCCCAAUAUCUCGUGUUCCCACGUAUCCCCUCGAGCGCGCACCUGCACCCAGCUAUGGAGGACCGCCAAUGAUGAACCGCACGGCGGUGGAGCUGCUGUCGCCUGCAAUUACGAACACGCAUGAUGCUCUGCAUCUGCUUUCUGAGGCUGCGGGGAGGACCGAGGACCUCAACCGCCAGAGCCUGGAGAAUCGCUUGGCUGCACGGCAGUCGGUGUCUUCAUUUAACUCUGGACCUUCGCCUUUACCUCAAGUUAGUUCGCCGCGGAGCUUGGGUGGGUCCUUUGUGCGGACUCCCCGGUCAGGAAUGUCCAUGGGAGGCUCUACCUACUAUCCGGCUGGAGCUUCUGGGCCUGUAGAUCCUCAGAUUGUGGACCCUGGGCCUCAACAAGAGACCGCGGUUAAUAAGCCCCAAGAACAGGAUUAUCUUGAUGCAAUCCGAGCAUGGUCGCGGUUGCGAUUUGUUCGCGCUGGAUGGCUUACUGUCGAAGAGGGCAUGGACUAUGUUGCAUACUACUAUGAAAACCUUGCGCCGAUGAGUCCAGUGGUGAUUCCGGAUUUCUCUCACCCGUCCACUCAUCGUGCAUUACUCACUGAUGAGCCUGUGUUGGCAGUUACCAUCCUCACCAUCGCCUCGCGGCAUCUGAAGCCGAAAGGUGACGGUGCUAACACACGAGCGUUUUACAUCCAUGACCGUCUUUGGGCAUACCUGCGUAGUAUGAUUGAACGCCUAUUCUGGGGACAAGAAAAGUUCGAUGCUGGGACGGUGGGUAUUGGGCGACCUCGGUCUCUCGACUUGGGAGCCCCAGCAUCAGGAGGCAAGUCUGGCGCGAAAGGACAGUUGAGAUCUUUGGGAACCGUUGAGGCUAUGCUACUUCUUACAGAGUGGCACCCACGAAAUCUUCACUUCCCACCUGGUGAUGAUGAGAAUUCGCUUCUGGAUACGGAUGCUCAAACACAGGGUCGAGGUGAUAACCUCGAUCAUGACGGCGAAAACACCGGCAACCGAGGCGCAGAAGGCCGAGUUGCUUUCCAAAAAUGGCUGGAGCCAGCCUGGCGAUCAGACCGCAUGUCAUGGAUGCUUUUGAGUACGGCGCAAGCUCUCGCCUUCGAAUUGGGUGUUUUUGAUCCAAAAGGAGAAACAAAAGGCGCGAACGAGUCGCCGAGUGAGCAAACUCGUAAACGCAGACUGCGUCGACUGAUUCUCGUGUUCAUUACGCACAGCAGCGGUCGUCUAGGUAUUCCGUCUAUGCUUCCGCUUCCUCAAUGGGGACAGGAUAUUACUCCUAUUCCCACUGAUGCACAAGAUGGAGAUACCAAUAUCGAUCAGAUGCAGGACUGCUGGAUUAGCGUCUCUAAAAUCGUCUACCAGGCCAACCAUCUCUUGUUUGCGUCUAGUGAUCAAACAAUGGAAUUGAUUCGGACUGGGCGGUACCGUGAUCAAAUCGAUCGGUUCCAACCAUAUCUACGCGAGUUCAGGCAGCAGCUUGACAGUGUUCCUAACUUGUCACCGGCUAUGCGGAGUGUCUUGCUGAUUGAAGUGGAGUAUACUCGACUUUACAUCAACUCUCUUGCAUUGCAAGCUGUUGUUGAUCGAUGGACGACUAUGUCCAAUGAGUCUGCUCAAUCUCAAGCUGGACGGCCGGGUUCUGGCCCAUCCAAUAGCAGUGGCUGGUUCCAGACGUUGAUGGAGCUCUACCGUGUCAAUGAGCAUUACAUUCAGGAAGUUAUCGAUUCUUCGCGCAAGAUUUUGACGACAGUGUUGGAAGGCCUUGUACCGGAAGGCCGGCUCAGACACGCACCCAUUCGAACCUUCUUCCGAAUCCUGUCUGGCAUGAUCUUCAUCUUGAAGACCUUCACACUAGGCGCUAGAGAAGAUGACGUGCGAGUCUCCUUGGACUUGCAAGACCGGACAGUGGAGGCACUACGCCUUUACGUCGUAGAUGACGUGCACUUGAGCAACACAGUAGCGCGACUACUAGAGCUUCUCACAAGCAGCAUCCGCACCCGCUUCCUCCGAUUCGCACCGCACGACCGCGGCGCCGACGGCGAAGCCCACGACCGCACUUCAGUCCCCGGCUCUCAAGCCCAUUCCCCACCGCGCGAGAGCACAUCUCGCCGCGACGGCCCGCACACAGGCUGGUCCGCAACCCCAGGUCAAGAAUCAACUCCAAGCGGGGUGGGUCUAGGGUAUGUCGACAACGCAGGCCACGCGAUGGGAUCAGGCCACGAUCCACUGGCGAAUAUCCCCGCGCAGCCAAUCAACUCGUCCAACCAUAACGUCUCUUUCAUGCCGCCUCCCCCAUCCGUCUACUACAACUACUACGACUCGAACUCCGGCGUUCCUGCCAGCGACAUGGAUAGAUCAUCGCCGAACCAUGUCCCCUCUUCUCAACCCAUGAGCGACAGCCAUGCGAACCCGGGCGCUCUUCCGGAUUGGUUUGCCUUGCCUCUGGAUCAAUUCUUUAACAGCUCCACUGGGGUUGUUGACCAGGGUCUUGGCGGGACGGGCCCUAUGCUUGGCGAGUUUGACAUGCUCGAGGUCCUUCUUAAUGAGGGCUAUGAUGGGAAUGCGAAUGGCGAGGGUGAAUCUGGUGGACUUUCAUCCCAAUACCUGCCUUCAUGA